CUCGGACUUAUAGCGGAAUCCCCCCUCGAAGACCUUGUCUCUCUCCUCCCAUGCCAUCCUUUCUCUGUACGCUCCGAUUCUGUUGCUUGCGUACAGGCCACCCACUUCGGUUGUGGAGCCAUUGCCCUAGCUGUCUGCGCCGCUCAUAAGGUUGUCGAUGCUGCCUCUCUCGCUUCUUUCAUCUUGACAUGGUCCCGCAUUAGCCGAGGAGACCUUCCUUCCUCCUCCCCCACAUUCGACUCCCACGCCAUCUUCCCACCCCAAGACAUGACAUGCCUUGACAGCGAUUGCACUCCAAAACAGAACCCGGCCGAGCCGCUGGUGACCCAUGUCUUCGUCUUCGAGCCCCAAACCAUCAAAUCACUCAAGGCUUCAUGCAUGGUUCUAGGAAUCGUCCCGACAACGGUCGAGGCGGUCUCCAUUCUCAUAUGGCGGUCCAUCUCAAAGGAUGGCCAACCCUCUGGAUUGGCGCACGUCAUAAACAUACGUCAGGCUCUCGAGCCCCCGCUCCCCGAAGGCUCAUUCGGGAAUGUUGUCUUAGGAACAUUCGCAGAGGAUCGUAGUGGCAGUGGUGGGAACGAGGAGAUGGUGAGGGCAGCAAUACGCAGUGUGGACAAAGAGUAUGUGAAGAAGGUGAGGGGGAGGCCGAUGGGUCUGGUGGAGAGUAUGGCGAGGAUGAUGGAGCUGUGGAGGGACGAGGGGACAGCAUUCGUCGGGCUCACGAGCUGGUACCGGUUUCCAAUUUACGGGAAUGACUUGGGGUGGGGGCGACCGGUGUGGGCGAGCCCAGGUGGGGCUUGCAUGCCGGGGGUGGUGAAGCUGAUGCCAACCAGGGACACUGGCGGGGUGGAGAUGUGGGUCACUCUGCCGCGACAAGACAUGGACCUGUUCGAGAGGUGCCCUCAGAUCUCCGCCUACUGCUCGAGGCGAUUUUGAGAUUUUUAUCAAAAAUUUAUGUGAAAUUGGUUUUUUCCAUCUUUGAAAUAUGGAAUAUUUAGCUUGAAAGCUAUUUGUACAUUUAG